AUGUCUAUUACACAAGAGGAUGUUGUUCGUCCCGUUGCCAACUUUCGUCCCAGCGUAUGGGGAGAUCAAUUUCUCAUCUACAAUGAGGAAGCAAAUCAACGAAUUGAGAUGGAAGAAAUAGUCAAAGAUUUGAAGGAAGAAGUGAGGAAAGAUUUAGUAGCAUCACUAAAUGUUCCAAUGGAACACACAAAUUUAUUGAAACUGAUUGAUGCAAUCCAACGUCUAGGCAUAGCCUACUAUUUUGAAGACGAGAUUGAGAAAUCCUUGCAACAUAUAUAUGAUACAUAUGGUGAUAACUGGAAUGCUGGUAGGCACUCCCUUUGGUUUCGACUUCUGCGACAACAAGGCUUCUAUGUUUCAUCUGAUAUUUUCAGUAACUAUAAGGAUGAAAAUGGAUGUUUUAAGGAAUCCUUAACAAAUGAUGUUCAAGGCAUGCUUGAGUUGUUUGAGGCAACGUAUAUGAGGGUGCAAGGUGAAGUUAUACUAGAUGAGGCUUAUGUUUUUACAACUUCUCAUCUAGACGAAAUAUCAAAGGAUCCUCUUCGAAGCAACUCUACCCUUUCGUCUCUAAUACAAGCGACACUAAAGUUACCUUUAUGGAAAAGUUUUCCAAGACUAGAGGCUUUGCAUUACAUUCCUUUCUACCAAAAACAAGCUUCUCACAAUGAAUCGUUACUUCGACUUGCCAAGUUAGGGUUCAACUUGCUUCAAUCACUUCACAAGAAAGAGCUUAGUCAAGUUGCCAAGUGGUGGAAAGGUUUUGAUGUCUCAAACAAUCUACCUUACGCCAGAGAUAGAAUUGUUGAAUGCUACUUUUGGGCACUAGGUUUAUACUUUGAGCCCCAGUAUUCUUCUUCUCGGAUAUUCUUGGCAAAAAUGUUCGCAAUGAUAACGCUUAUUGACGACACUUAUGAUGCUUAUGGAAUUCAUGAAGAACUUGAGUGUUUUACUGAAGCAAUUCAAAGGUGGUCGAUUACAUGCUUAGAAAUGCUUCCGGACUACAUGAAAUUGAUAUACCAAAAGCUAAUGGAUAUGUAUAAAGAAAUGGAAGAAACGUUGGUAAAGGAGGGAAAAGCAUAUCAUCUAAGCUAUUCCAAAGAAUUUGUGAUAAAAAUGGUUAAGAGUUAUAUGGAUGAAGAGAAAUGGGUUACUAACGAGUACAUGCCAACAAUGGAUGAGUACUUGUCGGUUGCAUUAGUAACCAGCGGAGCUGAUAUGAUUGUAGCAUCAAGUUUUGUUGGCAUGGGUGAUCUAGUCACACAUGACUCAUUUAAAUGGAUUCUCACCAAACCUCUUAUUUUCCAUUAUUCAAAUAUAAUUGGUAGACUCGUGGGUGAUAUUGCCUCCCACAAGGAGGAGCAAGAAAGAAAGCAUUCAGCAUCUUGUAUUGAAAUUUACAUGAAAACAUACGAUGGCACGGAACAGGAUGCCCAUGAGUAUCUUAAUAAGAAAGUCGAAGAUGCGUGGAAAGAUAUAAACCAAGAGUCUCUCAUCAUUAAAGAAGUUCCAAGGCCUUUAAUAAUGCAUGUGAUCAACAUGACUCGAACGACAAACUAUCUAUAUAAAGAUGGAGAGAAUUUCACACAUCCGGGAGAAGAAUUCAUAGAGCAUAUCAAAUCUUUGUUCAUUCAUCCUAUGGAUAUAUGAGUUCCUUAGAGAUUUUUAGGGCAUUUACCUAGUCCUUAAAAUCGCUAUUUCUGUUUGUUUGAAUAAAAUCCUUAGCAUAUAAGGAUGGAUGAAUCAAUCAUUGAUUUUUCCCUAUAAUAGAUAUAUCCUUGUUUU